CAGGAAAUCAAGCUCUGGACCACGACUUUGAGGCGAAACAAAGAAAUAGUAAAAUACGAGUAGCCUUCUUUAGGUUGUGGGAAAAGUUUGAAAUCAAAGAUUAACUGAACUGACGCUAUUUCAGAUUGCGCACCUUAUCUAAUGGACAAACGUUUUAGUUGACUCCAUUGUUGCCAUCAUCCAAUUCCUGACAUCAGUGACUAAAGACCGAGAACUGCAAAAAUGCCAAAGACGAUUAGUGUGCGUGUUACCACAAUGGAUGCAGAGUUGGAGUUUGCCAUCCAGGCCAACACAACGGGAAAGCAACUCUUCGACCAGGUUGUGAAGACAAUCGGACUGCGGGAGGUGUGGUUCUUUGGUCUGCAGUACCAGGAUACAAAGGGUUUCUCGACAUGGCUCAAGCUCAAUAAGAAGGUGACAGCCCAGGAUGUAAGGAAGGAGAGCCCACUGCUGUUCAAGUUCCGGGCCAAGUUCUUCCCUGAGGAUGUGUCAGAGGAGCUGAUCCAGGAGGCCACCCAGAGGCUGUUCUUCCUGCAGGUAAAGGAAGGGAUCCUCAACGAUGACAUCUACUGCCCCCCGGAGACGGCUGUGCUGCUGGCCUCCUACGCUGUGCAGGCCAAGUACGCCGAUUACAACAAGGACAUUCACUUGCCAGGAUACCUGUCCAGUGAAAAACUGCUGCCUCAGAGGGUCCUGGACCAGCACAAGCUCAACAAGGAGCAGUGGGAGGAGAGAAUCCAGGUGUGGCAUGAGGAACACAAGGGCAUGCUCAGAGAGGAUUCAAUGAUGGAGUACCUGAAGAUCGCCCAGGACCUGGAGAUGUACGGUGUCAACUACUUCAGCAUCAAGAACAAGAAAGGAUCAGAGCUGUGGUUAGGAGUAGACGCCCUGGGACUCAACAUUUACGAACAAAAUGAUAAGAUGACACCUAAAAUUGGAUUCCCAUGGAGUGAAAUCAGGAAUAUUUCCUUCAAUGACAAGAAAUUUGUCAUCAAACCCAUUGACAAGAAAGCACCAGACUUUGUAUUCUAUGCUCCACGACUGCGUAUCAACAAGCGCAUCCUGGCACUUUGCAUGGGCAACCAUGAGCUGUAUAUGCGUCGCCGCAAACCAGACACCAUCGAGGUACAGCAGAUGAAGGCCCAGGCCAGAGAGGAGAAGAACCACAAGAAGAUGGAGAAGGCACUGCUGGAGAACGAAAAGAAGAAGAGAGAACUUGCUGAAAAAGAAAAGGAAAAGAUUGAAAAGGAGAAGGAGGAGCUUAUGGAGAGAUUGAAACAGAUUGAGGAACAGACAAAAAAAGCUCAGCAAGAGUUGGAGGAGCAGACACGGAGGGCCCUGGAGUUGGAGCAGGAGAGGAAGCGUGCUCAGGAGGAGGCGGAGCGUCUGGAGAAGGAACGCAGGAUGGCUGAGGAGGCCAAGACCGCCCUGCUCCAGCAGUCUGAGAACCAGAUGAAGAACCAGGAACACUUGGCCACGGAACUGGCUGAGCUGACCUCAAAGAUCUCCCUACUGGAGGACGCCAAGCAGAAAAAGGAGGAUGAGGCAACGCAGUGGCAACAGAAGGCCUGCAUGGUGCAGGAGGACCUGGAGAAGACCAAAGAGGAGCUGAACAGCAAAAUCAUGGCAUCACACAUACAGGAGCCAAUGCAGGCCGAGAACGAGCAUGACGAGAACGACGAGACCAGCGACCAGGCCAGUGCCGAGUUCACGGGCGGCAUCUCCUACAAAGACCGCAGUGAGGAGGAGCGUAUGACCGAAGCCGAGAAGAACGAGCGCGUGCAGCAACACCUGCUGGCUUUGAGCUCGGAGUUGGCCAUCGCUCGGGAUGAGACCAAGAAAACCGCAAAUGACAUCAUCCAUGCGGAUAAUGUGAAAGCGGGACGGGACAAGUACAAGACCCUCCGGCAGAUUCGGUCGGGCAACACCAAGCAGCGUAUAGACGAGUUUGAGUGUAUGUGAUGUAUCUUGUUUGCAACUACUAUAACCCCCACAGCGGUGCCAUACUUGGUCCAUUCAUUCUAGACUGCAGACCUGCCUCACACAAGCUACAGUGCCUUUUACCCAAACAAGACCAGAAUACAUAUCAAAAAGCACAAAAAGUACAGCAAAAUGUAUAUGAAUAAUAGUGCACAAAUCACAUUACAAGUAAUGUUAUUCAGAAUGAUGAAAUAAGUGGAUGCAUCAGGGACAUUUUUUAUAGAAGAAUGGUUUAAAGUGAAUAAAAUUUGAUUAUACAUUU